AUGUCAUCCAAAAGGAGUUUGGAGGUCAUACUGUUAUUCGCAAUUUUAUUUGCCAACUGUUAUCGUGUGCAUGGCAGACCCCAAGACAAGCAGAAUGUUUUGGAACAAAACCGGCAAGCAGAGUUAACCAAAGAAUCAAAAAUUGGAGAGACGAAGGUUUACGGUUUAAUCCACAACGACUCGGAAGGAAAAGAAGCCAAACAGGAAAAGGAAGAUUUCGAUUCGAAGGUCCUCACUGUUCUAGAAAGUGUUCAGCAAAAAAUCAUCAAUCUAUGGAAUCCUGGAGCCGUUAUCGACAAAACUACCGCGGAAGAUUGGAAGAAAAAUCCCAUCGAAGAUUACCAAGCACUUCGACAGGGCAUUGUCAACGCAGUGGACGCCAUCGCUAAGCAGAUCAAUUCAGUUCUCGACAAACCCCGCAAGCUUACGACGAAAAUAAACAAAUCGAUUACGAAAUCUCUCAAUGCUAUUGGCAACAAAUUAGUAGGACUGGAGUAA